CUCUUGUACUGUCUUUCAGUUGUCUAUCGUUAUUGACCUUCAGGUGAAGUAUUUUAUAUAUAAUUAUUAUUAUCGGAAUCAGAUUAGGAGACAGAAAAUCAUUACCACCACAACUACUACUACUAUCACUAUAACUGCUAAGUAAAGUCUUCUCUGGAAAAAUGUUUAGCAAAUCAGCCAAAUGUUUGUCACAAAUCUGUCUGAAGAACAGCCGAUCCUUCAGUACAUCCAAUCAGGUCAACUCCAAGGUUGCCGUAUUGGGUGCGUCGGGAGGUAUCGGACAGCCCUUAUCGCUGCUUCUUAAGCAUAGCUCACUGGUCUCCGAUCUGAGUCUCUACGAUAUUGCCCACACAGCCGGUGUGGCCGCCGACCUGAGUCACAUCAACACACGGGCACGAGUUACCGGCUAUGUCGGACCCGAUCAGCUCAAGGCGGCGCUCGAGGGCGCCCAAGUGGUUGUCAUACCGGCCGGAGUUCCCCGAAAGCCGGGAAUGACUCGCGACGAUCUCUUCAAUACCAAUGCGUCUAUUGUGCGCGACCUGUCCAUCGCGGCCGCCAAAUAUUGCCCGAAAGCUAUGAUCGCAAUCAUCUCGAAUCCGGUCAACUCGACGGUACCGAUCGCGUCGGAAGUGUUCAAAAAGAACGGCGUCUACGAUCCGAAACGUAUAUUCGGUGUGACCACUCUAGACGUGGUUCGGGCCAAUACAUUCAUUGCUGAAGCCAAAGGUCUCGAUCCGAAUCAAGUGAAUGUGCCGGUAAUCGGCGGUCACGCGGGUAUUACUAUUAUUCCGUUGAUUUCGCGAUCGAAUCCUUCGGUUUCCUUCCCGAACGACAAACUGGACGCUCUGACCAAACGAAUUCAAGACGCCGGCACUGAAGUGGUUAAGGCGAAGGCAGGAACGGGUUCGGCCACUUUGUCGAUGGCUUUUGCCGGCGCGCGCUUCGCAGUAUCGCUUUUGGAAGCAUUAAACGGCAAAGAAGUGAUUGAAUGCGCUUUCGUUAAGUCAGACGUUACCGAAGCCUCUUAUUUCUCGACACCACUUGUGUUAGGCAAAAAUGGUGUCGAAAAAAAUCUUGGAUUAGGAAAGCUAUCGGAUUUCGAACAAAAUCUGGUAAAGAAUGCCAUCAAAGAACUGAAGGAUAGUAUCAAAAAGGGUGAAGACUUUGCCAAUAAAUAAAUCAAUUGAUUGUUUGCUUCAAAUUUAAAACAAAAAAAUGUAAAAACAAUUUAAAAAAUGAUUAUGACUUUUAGGGGAUAAUAAUUAUAUAAUAGAAAUAAAAUAAAUUAAUA